AAAGAAAGAAAAGAAAAAUUGAACAUAUCACAACUCACAAGCAGUAAACAAUGAUUUUGAGAAAUUUGCUGUGUAAAAUCGAGAUGGCUUAUGAAGCUCUUGAUAACCUGCAACAAACCUUAGAUCAGAUCCUAGAAUACCGUGACGAUCUCGUCACUCAUUCUGUGAAACAAGAAAUUUUAUCCAUCCGCGUCCAAGCUGCUGUCUUGCAGUUGAAUCUCAAACUUUAUCCAAACAAAGGGAAAAUCAGAGAGGCAGCGAAUACAGCAUAUGAGAUUAUCGAAUAUUUCUUUUUUGGGGAAUAUCUUUCAGAUUGCGGAUCGACAGAGCCAACGGUCAUACUUGCAAAGAAGCUGAGGGAAGUAGCAGAGAGAGUGGAGGCAACCGUUGGAGAUGUGGUGGAUUACAUCAAGGGUAAGGCCUCACUCAGCAGCGCAACUCAUUCUCCUGAUGUUAGUUCAUCAUCAGGAUCAGCGAUCACAAGCAGCAAAGACGACGACGUGGUUGGUUUUGAAGAAGAUCUGAAAAUGAUCAAGAAUCGGCUUUUAUGGGGACCGUCCACACUACAGGUCAACCCUAUUGUUGGAACGGGAGGCAUUGGUAAGACCACACUUGCUAAACUUGCUUAUAAUGAUCCAUUGAUUGUGCAAAAUUUUAGUACUUGUGCUUGGGUCACAAUAUCACAAGAUCAUAGUGUGGAACGCAUUGUUCUAAAUCUUCUAGAUUCCAUGAAAGGAAUUUCAGCAGUAAGAGACGGUGAGAGUGACACUCCUAUGGAAACCUUAAUUUGCGAGUACCUAACGGGUCGGAGGUAUCUUAUUGUAAUGGACGACAUAUGGAGUAAGAGAGCUUGGGAUGAUGUAAGGAUGUUGUUUCCUGAUGCCGGUAAUGGCAGUCGGAUCAUAGUCACUACAAGGGUGCAGGACGUGGCUGCUUAUGUCGAUUCUUCUAGCUUCAUUCAUACGAUGAGUUUGUUGGAUUCACAUCAGAGCAGGAAUUUGCUAAAGCGAAAGGUGUUCAGAUAUAAAGACAUUCCUAUUGAAUUGGAAGACAUUGGGUUCAAAAUUGCUAAAAAUUGUGGAGGGUUGCCCCUUUCAAUCGUGGUGGCGGCAGGACUUUUAUCUAAGAUUCCAAUUCAUAAUCGAGACUCAUGGAAGCGAAUUGCUGCAAACGGCGGGCAGCUUGAAACAAUAAUUUGUUUGAGCUAUACCCAUUUACCCAAGCACUCGAAGCCAUGUCUUUUAUAUAUGGCUGGCUUUCCAGAAGAUUAUGAGAUUCAUGUCUCAGAACUUAUUCACCUUUGGAUAUCCGAAGGUUUUAUAACACUUUCAAAUGGAUCUAAAAGCUUGGAAGAGGAGGCAGAAGAUUGUGUCGAGGAUCUUGUCGAAAGAAGUUUAGUUUUGGUCACCAAGAGAAAGUGUGAUGGGAAAAUAAAGAGUUGCAGCCUUCAUGAUAUUGUGCGGGAAUUUCUCGUGAAGGAGGCUGCAAAAGAGAAGAUGCAGAGUUUUAAAUUGCCGUUGAUUAUGAUCUAGCUACACAAAUACAUCAAGGCAAGGAGUUGAUGGGUCAAAUCUCUAUCAAUGAAUUAGAGACAAAAGGGAAGAGAGUUACCAAUUUAGGUAUCUUUCUUCGUGAAAUUGAGAAGAGAGCAACAAGUGAUUCGCCUGAAACAGCCCAACACUUUGAUGAAGGUGCGCACGGCGGUGGUUGUGGCAAUAAUGUACGGCGACCAGUAUAUCGCCGGAGAAGAGAGAUAAAUUCAAGUGAGAGGGUUGGGCUUUCUUUUUGGUUGGGCUCUCUUUUAAUUUUCAGACUUGGGCCUUUUAUUUUGUACUAGUAGUUUUUAUUGGGCUUUUGCCCACUAAAUUUAGACCUCAUCGUUUGUGAUUUCUGGAAACUAUUAAGGAGGUGUUACGUAUAAAA